AUGGGAAGCAUUGAAUCCACUUCGCUGCGCAACAUCCGCAAAGUCUUGAUCGCCAACAGGGGCGAGAUUGCCGUCCGAUGCAUCAAGGCUUGUAGAGAGCUACGAGUCCACAGCGUGGCUACAUUUACACAUUCUGACGCAACUUCGCUGCAUGUCACUCUGGCAGACGAGGCAGUGCUGCUACCAGGAGACGACGGCACUGCCUAUACAGACGGUGAGGCUAUUUUGGAAAUUUGUAAAAAAACGGGUGUCGAUGCCGUUUUCCCCGGAUACGGCUUCUUGAGCGAAAAUGCCGACUUCGCUAAUGCUGUUUCGUCAGCCGACAUCAUCUUUGUCGGGCCUUCUUCAGCGUCUAUCAAGGCCAUGGGCCUCAAGCACGAAGCCAGAGCCAUCGCUGAGGCCGCAAAUGUCCCCGUUGUCCCUGGCACCCAGCUUCUGUCAUCUGCCGUAGAGGUCGUCAAGGCCGCGAGGAACCUGGGGUUCCCGGUGAUGCUCAAGGCAACCGGUGGAGGUGGUGGCAUGGGAUUACAAGCUUGCAACACCGAGCUUGAGGUUGAGAAGGCCUUUGCCGUGGUUGAGAGCCGCGCGAGCAAACUCUUCCAAAACAGCGGUGUCUACUUAGAAAAGUACUAUCCGCGGUCUCGCCACAUCGAGGUCCAGGUCGUAGGCAACGGCGAGAUUGUUGUAGCAUUUGGAGAGCGUGAAUGCUCGCUACAGCGACGAUAUCAAAAGGUGAUUGAAGAGUGCCCUAGUCCCUUUGUCGAGCGGCACCCUGGCCUCCGCGAGAGGAUGCUGGAGGCAGCCACCAAUUAUGCAGCGCAGCUCAAGUACAAAAGCGUGGGCACUGUAGAGUUUCUCGUCGAUGACGAGACCGCCAACUUCUUCUUUCUCGAGAUGAACACGAGGCUGCAAGUCGAGCACGGCAUCACCGAGUUGUGUUAUGAAGUCGAUCUUGUCCAUUUGAUGCUGCUGCAAGCCGACUUCGAACGGGAAGGCCAUGUAGGAAUACCCUCGGAAUUUCUCAAGGGUCUUGAGAGACAUUCCCCGCGAGGAUCAGCGAUCGAGGUCCGAGUCUAUGCCGAGGUGCCGCUGCGCGACUUUGCUCCGAGCCCUGGCAUCUUGCAGUUCGUCCACUGGCCUGAGGGCGAUGGCGUGCGAGUCGACACGUGGGUUAGAAGCGGCCAGCGGAUCACACCUCUUUACGACCCUUUAAUUGGAAAGAUCAUGGCUCACAGCCCUGGUGGCCGAGCCGCUGCUCAGUCGAAACUGCUCGCGGCACUUCGCGAUACGACUCUUCAGGGGACUCCAUCCAACUCGGAGUAUCUGAUCAAGAUUGUCGAUUCCAGCAUCUUCAUCAGUGGGAGUACAUUGACGAGUUCUCUAUCCACGUUCAAAUUUGAAAGUUGCUCCUUCCAGGUCUUGGAUCCUGGCGUCAUGACAACCAUCCAGGACUACCCGGGUCGCACCGCCGUAGGACACGGAGUGCCCCCGGGCGGUCCUAUGGACGACCUCAGUGCUCGUGUAGCAAACAGCCUUGUUGGAAACGAUUGGGGGGUUGAGCUUUUGGAAAUCACUCUAGCCGGACCAGAGUUGUUAUUUCAUGAGGCGGCUGUCGUUGCGAUUUGUGGCGCCGAGCUGCCAGUUACUGUCAACGAUACGCCCCAGCCCAUGUGGUCCAGGGUCAUUGUCUGUAAGGGCCAGAUACUAAAGCUGGGCAAGGCUUCUGGAAGUGGCACCAGAACCUAUCUUGCUGUCAAAGGCGGGUUCCCCCAAAUCCCCAAGUUUCUUGGCUCCAAAUCCACUGUCCCUGAGCUGGGCUUUGGUGGCCUCCAGGGACGGAAACUACAGGCCCAUGACAUUCUCGCUCUCGCGUCAGAGUCUGGGUCUUGGGCCGCUGCCUCUGCACCAUUGUCUCUGCCGGCAAAGGCAAUACCAGACUUCGCAUUUACGAGUGUGUGCUGCAUUGACGGGCCAUUUGGCUCCGACGAUAUCCUAACCCCUGAAGGGCGCAAGACUUUAUACGAGGCUCAAUGGGCAGUCAGCCAUAACAGCGGCCGAAGUGGUGUACGUUUGGACGGGCCACGGUUGAAAUGGGCUCGGACCUCGGGCGGCGGCGGCGGAUCUCAUCCGUCCAACGUCUUUGAUUACGGGUAUCCCAACGGCGGAGUCAACUUUACGGGGGAAUCGCCAAUCAUCUUUGCGCAUGACCGACCGGAUCUAGGUGGAUUUGCCUGCCCAACUACAGUAUGUUCCGCCGAGAUGUGGAAAGUCGGCCAACUCAAGGCCGGCAACACGAUACAACUUCGACCCGUGUCGUAUGACACCGCUCUGGAGAUUACGCGGAAGAAGGAGGAGUAUCUCAGAGCAAUUAUUCUGUACGCACAAGGGACUGCCUGUCAGAUAUCCCCACUGGACGUUGAGUUCAGCGACGAACCUCCGUGUUCUAUUCUCCAUCAAACAUCACCUUUAGGGAGCCAUCCUCAAGUUACAUAUCGCCAAGGCGGUGACACCAGCAUCAUCGUCGAAUACGGCGAUCAACUACCGGACCUUCGGAACACAGCUUGCGUCCAACUGCUUGCAAAUGGACUGUUGGCCGCAAACCUCGACGGCGUCCGAGGGGAUCCCAACUUUGCUACUCUGACCGUACGGUUCGACCCGUUCCUCACGGAGCGAUCUAAACUUCUUGCACACCUCAUCGAGCUCGAUGGCCAGAUUGGAAAGACCACGGGUAUCAAGAUACCGGCUCGACAAGUACGACUUCCCGUCUGCCUCGAUCACACAUCGCUUCGAGAGUCUGCGCAGCGAUAUAUGGAAAAUAUUAGGCCCUCGGCGGCUUACAUGCCAGACAAUGUAGAGUACCUCCGCAAGAAUAAUGCUCUCAACACUCGACGCGAUGUUUUUGACGCUAUCCUCAAGGCUCCAUGGCUCACCGUGGCAGUCGGCUUCUAUGUAGGAACACCAAUCAUGUUCCCUCUUGAUCCCUGGCGUGUCCUGACGAGCCAAAAGUACAACCCAAGCCGCGUGUAUACACCCGGAGGCUCUGUUGGCCUGGGCGGCUCACUGGUAGCAAUCUAUCCCGUCGCUGCCCCGGGAGGGUACCAGCUAAUGGGCCGAACCUUGGGCGGUUGGGACUCGGGGAGCAUUCGCCCCGGCUUCUCGCCUGAGAAGCCUUGGCUCUUCAACCAUUUCGAUCUGGUUACGUUUCAUGAGGUGUCGGAAGAGGAGUAUAGCAAGAUUGAGCAGGAGUUUGAGACUGGCCGCUAUAUUUUUGAUAUCACAGAGACGACGAUAGACAUGGAUACAUAUAUUGCGAGGUUUGACGAGGCAGCCAAGGACCCCGAGUAUCAGGCUUGGAGAAGACGCCAAGUUGCAGCAUCACAAGAGAUUGGAGAGUUGGAACAGAAGCUUUUCGAGGAAUGGACCCAGGCCAAAAGCUCGGAUAAGGGCGGCUCCGUAUGUGAAGAUGACGAUGUUGAUUCUGGCGAGGCUAUCUUCAUCGAGUCUCCCGUGGAUGCCAAUGUCUGGAAAGUACGAGUCAAGCAGGGUGAUGUGCUGGAAAAGGGGCAGACGGUGGCAGUUCUCGAGGCAAUGAAGAUGGAGAUCAAUGUGGUUGUGAGCGACGAUCAAGCAGGGGCCGUGGUAACUACGAUCAGUCAGCCUCCAGGAAGCGUUGUCAGGCCUGGAGCAGUAGUGGUGAGAGCUGCAAGACCAAAUUGA